GAAUGCCAGGCCGAGUGGGUCCCGCAGCGUGGGUGCGGCUGAGGUCCGUGCGUCUGCCGGACGGCCAGGGAACCGGCAUUCAGGAAAGUCCUGGUUCCAGGGGUUGAGCGCUCAGGGAACGGGCGUUCUCCGACACCGGGCCGCCUCAAUGCAGUCACCCCGGAUCCUCCCUGGCCCCUUUGGCCGCUCUGGGAGGGACUGCUGACGGGCUGCGACCUGGCCUCCAGCCUCGGCCUCCUGGUGCCGGGGCGGAGCGCAGGCUGAAGCGCCCACUUUGCAGGGGGCCCCUCCCGCGCCCCAGGCCCCUCCUCUCCCCUCCCCUCCGCUCCGGGGGCGAAGCUGCUGCAGCCGCCGAGCGCCCGCCAUGGGCGUUAUGCUCGCCGCCCGGCUGCUGGGACUGUUGCUCCUGCUGGGGCUGCGGCUCCAGGCUGCGGGCAUCGCAGAGCCACCGCUGCCCACCGUGGUGCUUGCCAUCCUGGCUCGAAAUGCUGAGCACUCACUGCCCCACUACCUGGGCGCGUUGGAGCGGCUGGACUACCCCCGGGCCAGGGUGGCCCUCUGGUGUGCCACAGAUCACAAUAUGGACAACACCACAGAGAUGCUGCAGGAGUGGCUGGCAGCUGUGGGCAGUGACUAUGCAGCUGUGUUCUGGAGGCCUGAGGGGGAGUCCAGGUCCUACCCAAGUGAAGAGGGUCCCAAGCACUGGACCAAAGAAAGGCACCAGUUUCUGAUGGAAUUGAAGCAGGAAGCCCUGACUUUUGCCAGGAAUUGGGGGGCUGACUAUGUCCUGUUUGCAGACACAGACAACAUUCUGACCAACAACCAGACAUUGAGGCUUUUGGUGGAGAAGGGGCUGCCAGUGGUGGCCCCAAUGCUGGACUCCCAGACCUACUACUCCAACUUCUGGUGUGGGAUCACCCCCCAGGGCUACUACCGCCGCACAGCUGAAUACUUCCCCACCAAGAACCGCCAGCGCCGGGGCUGCUUCCGGGUCCCCAUGGUCCACUCUACCUUCCUGCUGUCCCUGCGGGCUGAGGGGACAUCUCAGUUGGCCUUCCACCCACCUCAUCCCAACUACACUUGGCCCUUCGAUGACAUCAUCGUCUUCGCCUAUGCCUGUCAGGCCGCUGGGGUCUCCGUCCAUGUGUGCAAUGAGCAACGUUAUGGAUACAUGAACGUGGGGGUGAAGUCCCACCAGACCCUGGAGGAUGAGAAGGUCAACUUCAUCCACCUGAUCUUAGAAGCACUGGUGGAUGGGCCUCCCAUGCAGGCCUCAGCUCACGUAUCUCGACCUCCAAAGAGGCCCAGCAAGAUGGGUUUUGAUGAGGUCUUUGUCAUCAGCCUGGCCCGCAGGCCCAACCGCCGAGAGCGCAUGCUGAGCUCGCUCUGGGAGAUGGAGAUCUCUGGGCGGGUAGUGGACGCUGUGGAUGGCAGGAUGCUCAAUAGCAGUAUCCUCAGGAGCCUUGGCGUGGACCUGCUUCCUGGCUACGAGGACCCCUACUCGGGUCGCACACUGACCAAGGGUGAGGUGGGCUGCUUCCUCAGCCACUACUCCAUCUGGGAAGAGGUAGUGGCCAGGGGUUUGGCCCGGGUGCUGGUAUUUGAGGACGACGUGCGCUUUCAGAGCAACUUCCGGGGGCGACUGAAGCAGCUGAUGGAGGAGGUGGAGGCCCAGAAGCUUCCAUGGGACCUCAUCUACCUUGGCCGAAAGCAGGUGAACCCUGAGGAGGAGGUGGCUGUGGAGGGGCUACCAGGCCUGGUGGUGGCAGGGUACUCCUAUUGGACACUGGCAUACACUCUGAGCCUGGCAGGCGCCCGCAAGCUGCUGGCCUCCCAGCCUCUACACCGCAUGCUGCCUGUGGACGAGUUCCUGCCCAUCAUGUUUGACCAGCACCCCAAUGAGCAGUACAAGGCACACUUCUGGCCAAGGGACCUGCAGGCCUUCUCUGCCCAGCCCCUGCUCGCUGCCCCCACCCACUAUGCAGGGGAUGCUGAGUGGCUCAGUGACACAGAGACAUCCUCUCCUUGGGACGAUGACAGCGGCCGCCUCAUCAGCUGGACUGGCUCUCAAAAGACCCUGCGCGGCCCUGUCCUGGAUCUGGCUGGUAGCAGUGGGCACAGCCUCCAUCCCCAGCCCCGGGAUGAGCUCUAGGUCCAAACAAUGACUCCAAAGGAGUGCAUAGGAGCAGAGGUAUUGCUGGCAGGAGCUGCACCCAGAAGCUACAAAGCCAGAGAGAUCUGGCUGUCGCCUUAGACUUGGCCACUCUGCCUCUGGACCAGUCUAGGUUGGGAGAAACCACUCAGAAAUGGAUCCUGUUUCCCAGAGGUCACUUGGCAAAAGGGUAGGAUUCAAAGACUCCUGACCCUGCUGGGCCUGGUUCAUAGCCCCAGGUAGAGGGACAGAGGGGGCUCCUCAGCUCUCAGUUUCAUGCUGGGCAGAUUCCUGGAUCCCUGCCCUCCCUAAGGACUCAGCCACUGGUGUCUUCUGUCCCUUCUACCUCCACAUCAACAGCGUCCCCUGCUCAACGCCUGGGUCUCACCAGCACCUUCUUUCCUGGCAAUGGGAAGUUCAGGGAGGUGGAAGUGGGAGGUAGAGCCCUGCAGACCUGGUGUUAAGCACAGAGUAACCUCAAUAAA